GUGGAAUAUCCUAGCAUUCACGAAAGACCUGAUGGCAUCUGGUAUGCUAUUCCACAGGUCAGCGUAUAUGACGAGGAAGAAAUCAAAACGAUUAGCUCUCCAGAUUCGUAAAUUCAUAUGUUUCGCCUUAUUGCUGCGAAUCGUCCAGGUCGUCAGUUGGGCAGAGUCAGAUGAACAGUUACGCACCCUUCAGCUGAAAUGCAAUUUGGUCGGUCCAACUCGGAGGUUGCCUGUGGGAUACUUCCGUACACAGUUCAAAGGUCAUGCUGCCUUAGAUCAAGCGAAAGUCGUUGAUACCUUUAUAAAAACGAUUUCUGCUGAAGCAAGCACUUAUGAUAUAGAUUGGGUUCAAUUCCGCUUUCGACAGCACCCAAUUACGAGCGAGCGGAGUGAGUUGUCUUUCUGA